UCAAAGUACCCUCACUAACUUAUUAAUAUAUUCAUCGGAUUGCGUUGCCUCCAAUGUAAGACACAUGCUAACAGGUUACAUGCUUGCUCCAAGUAUGCUGCCAAUUAUUAUGCCACCAUCGGGUGCUGCUCCCUUUCCUGUUCAAGUUAAUAGCCUCCCAAGGCCACCAAUAAUGACUGCAGGACCAGUCGCAGUUCCAGGGGCCCCCAUGGCUAAUUCUAGUAGUUCUACCCCUCCUAUGCAUCAGGUUAAUUCAACCCCAACUACCAGUGGAGGUUUUGACAGUUCAACAUGAGUGCUCAAGCUCCUGAGGCCAACCAUUAAUCCUGUCAACCUUGUAUGGGUUUUUCCGUUAGAUCUUGUAAAAUCGUGCAACUAUAGCACUAUUGACAUUUGUGGAACGUGAACAAUUGUUUUGAUGUUUGCUGUUAGUAUUUUGGUCAAGAUUAUACUUAAA